AUGAAGGUUGUCGUCUGUGGCGGUGGUGCUGUCGGCUGCACGCUCGCCUACUUCCUCACGCACGCCAACCGCGACGCCAAUGAUGACGUUGAAGUCGUCGUUGUUGACGAGAUCGGUGUCGCGGCUGCGGCCUCCGGCAAGGCUGGCGGCUUCCUCGCGGCCGAUUGGUGCCAAGGUGAAGAUGUCGAUGAACUCUGUCGGCUGAGCUUCCGCCUCCAUCAAGAGCUCGCUGCCAAGCACGACGGCGCUCUGUACUACGGCUACCGCGUCGUGGAUGCCAUCUCAUGUGUCGUCAAGCCCCACCCGUCGACAAAGAAACCCAAGGCCAACAUCGCCAUCAAGUCGGCCGUUGUGCCCAAUUGGAUCACCGACAGCAGCGUGCUCAAGGCGUCACCAAUGGGCACAACCGACCCGGAGCAUGUGACCAUGGCGCAGCUCUACCCUCGCGACUUUACCGAGUUUAUGAUGGACCGCGCCAUGUCGACAGGCAAGUGCACCUUUCUCCAGGGCCGCGUCCAGACGCUCGAUGGCGCCAACGUGCUCCUUAGCGACGGUCGCCGACUCGACGCGGACGCAGUCGUGCUUGCGAUGGGGCCGUGGACGCCAAAGCUUCUCUCGGUCGAGUGCGACUACCCCAACAUUAGUCCGCCGCAGACACACAAGAUCCAUAGCGUCAUUGUGCGCGAUGACGACACGCCGUCAUGGGACCCACGCGUGGUCUUUGGCAUCGUCGCCAACAGCGAAGACGAGCUCGAGAUUGUACCGCGCGCGAACGGCACGGCGUUUGUCUGUGGCGCGCACGUGCCGCAGCCGCUCCCGUCCAGCGCCGCAAACGUGGUCCCGGACGCCGCGUCCAUCGCCGAGAUUCUGCACGGCCUCUCCAAGUUUAGCGGUCGCACCCACAGCCACAACUCGAUCCAAGCCACGAACGCGUGCUAUCUGCCGCAGACAAAAGAUUACACGCCCAUCAUGGGCAAGCUCCGAGACGGCGUCUACGUCUCGUCGGGCCACAGCUGCUGGGGCCUCCUGAAUGCGACGGGGUCGGGCCUCGCCAUGGCCGAGCUCCUUUUGAAUGGCAAAGCCACGAGCGUCGACCUCGAGCCAUUUGACCCCAAGCGCUUCGUCCUGUAG